AUGACGACUCAAAAGCCCAAGGUUCUUGUUGUCCUUACCUCGGCCGACAAGGUCCCCAAGACCGGCAAACAGAUUGGCUGGUAUUUGCCUGAGCUCGCACACCCUUUCCACGUCCUCAACCCUCUUGUCGAGCUGGUCUAUGCUUCGCCCAAGGGCGGAGUAUCGCCUCUGGACCCGGUAUCUGUUGAUCUCUUCAAGGAUGACUCGGUGUGCAAGGAUUUUCUCGAAAACCACACCUCAGUCUGGGAAAAUACGACAAAGCUGUCUGAUUUUGCUGGCCGAGCCUCGGAGUUUGACGCCAUCUUCUAUCCGGGCGGACAUGGUCCUAUGGUAGAUCUCGCGGAUGACCAGCAUUCAAAGGAUCUGCUCCGUGACUUUCACUCGCAAGGCAAAGUCAUCUCGGCGGUGUGCCACGGCCCUGCAGCUCUUGUCAACGCCACCACUGCUGCAGGCGAGCCGUUACUCAAGGGUGUGAAGGUCACUGGAUUUGACAAUGUGGGCGAGGAAAUGUUCCAGUUUACAGAGGACAUGGACUUUAGCCUCGAGGAUAAGCUGGGUCAAGUCAGUGGCGGCAAAUACGUCAAGGCUGCCGAGGGUCCCCUUGCGGAAAAGGUUGUGGUCGAUGGCAAGUUUAUCACAGGGCAGAACCCAGCGUCAUCCAAGGGAGUGGCCGAGGAGAUUGCCAAAGCUCUGGGGGAGGCCUUCUUCCUCGACCUCUUCUGGGAUUCUUGGCACUGCUGCUAUCAGAUUCUCGAUCAGGUUGAAUUCAAGGCGCACUACAAGUCCCUCUGGGGUGGCCCAGGCCAAACCACCCGGAAACCAUCUGCCCUGGUCGACAUUGUCUUGGCCUUGUGCAUGCAGUUUGGUGUCACAUCUCUUCCUCGACAAGUAGAGUCUAAGGCCGAGAUUGACAUCCGCGACGCUACUAUCGCGGGUCGUUGGCUCUACCGACGCGCCCAAGCCCUACUGGCUUGCGAGCUGGAGAGACCUUCUCUCACAACCCUUCAGUGUCAGUUCUGGUCUGCCGUCUAUCUCGGUAACGCAUCCUAUCAGAACAUGGCUCAAAGCAUGAUUGGUGCCUCUAUCUGCACUGCGCACGCACUUGGGCUGCACAUCGAACCAUCUACAGAGCUACCCCUCAAGGAACGAGAGGCAAGGAAGCAGAUGUGGUGGACUCUGUUUGUGUUUGAAACCAGGCUCUGCAUCCGACUGGGCCGACCUUGGGGGACUGACAUGUCCCGGACAACAUGUUCCUUACCGGGAGAGGAUCAGGAGCCUCACUCCGGCCAUGUGGCGUGGCGGAGCUACACGGUGCAAAGAGCUAGGCUUAUGAUGCUAGUUCGGGCCGUUUUUGACAGGUUUCACCAAAAGUGUGCUUCCAUAAAGAAGGGAAACUCGAGCGCCAUUGUUGAGGAGUUUUCCAAGACUCUCAAGGGCGGUGUGGAGGAUAUACAGGCGUGGGUUGAGACAGUCCCUACCGCACUCAAGACUGAGCGCCGUGGGAGUGGCAUGCCCUUCUCAACAGAUCUGUCUGAAGUUGAUAUUGAGCCUUUUGCACCACUCUGGUUGCGUCGGCAGCGCCUCAUGCUGGAGCUUGGAUAUCACGACUCCCUUCUGACACUUGGCCGUUCAUGCAUAGCCUUCUCGCUCAAGUCAGUGAGGGAACCUUAUAAUCAAGGGAUUCAUAUUGACGAAAUACCCUCGAAAUUUUCCACGAUGCUUUUUGUGGCUGGAACUGCCGCUCGACACGCAAUAUCGAUAACGCAUGUAUUGCACCAAAUCUACAGGGACCAUGAUAUCCUUGACGGUUGGUAUGAGCCGUUCAACUAUCAAUGGAACGCGGCCAUAACGUUAGUCGGAUUUAUCCUGGCCUACUCCAAGACCAGUUCCAUAGUUCCAGCUGCUUGUGAGGCCCUUUCCAGCAGCAUCAACGUCCUAGAGCAGAUGGGCAGCUUCUUUGGGGUGGCAGCGAGCGCGGCGGUCGUCAUCAAUAACCUUUUACACAAGACCAGCGCCGUUGUACGCGGUUUGGAAGAGUUUGCGACCAACCCGGCCGAGGAGUGUUCGGCCGACAUUUCCAAAGCUCCCCUAGGCCAACCUGACGCGCUUCAUCUCCCGGAGUUGGACAUUGCAUCAUCUAUCCUGGCUGGAGCUGAUGGCACAUUUGGACCAGCAUCCGAGUUUGAAGGGUUCGGGUUCAGCCAUGAUUUGAAUCAAUUCGCAGGGAUCGGUGAUUUUGGCCUCGAGGACAACUUUGAUCUUUGGACGUAUCCAUUGGAUUCGUAG